GCUAAUGGCUCUAGGUUGGGUUGGAGGCCCAGCAUAACCCAGCCCAGCCCAUGAUCAUGCUGCACUGACGGUUCCGCGUGUAAAAAACUUGUGAGGGAGGCUUGAGAGAGGGAGCAAAGAUGGAGAAGAUGAUCGCAGUGGGUAUAGUAUGGGGCGCCACCAACGCUAUCAUGCGCCGGGGUGCGCUACUCUGGGACGAAGCUCUGAAAUCCUCCGCAAAGCCACAUCCGCACUCAACUCUGUGCCAAAAAAUGCGCAUCUCCGUCGGGAACUGGGUCAAGCUUCUCUCCAUUUGGCAAUACUCGAUCCCCUUCCUCAUCAACCUCUCCGCCUCCGCCACUUUCUUUGCCAUCCUCUCCGACGCCCCGCUCUCCCUCGCCGUCCCCGUCACCAACGCCACCACCUUCGCUGCCACCGCUGUCUUCGGCAUCCUCCUCGGCGAACGCACCCACCUACCCCGCGCUUUCUUCGAUAAGAGAAUUCAGCAUUAUUCAGUACAUCGUGAGGUGAGUGAACAAGAAUGGAAUCACCAAGAACGUGACAAGUAGCAAACGAAUGUGACAUAAAAAAAAAAAACACUUCAGCUGUCCCGAUUAGCUGCUGUUGCAUUUCCACGCAUUCACACAGUUCAGAUCUCGCAUACAUUGAGCUGCUGACUGCGUGAAUGCAUGGAAAAUCAGAUGUCUAGAAUUGUGGUUUAAAGCAUUCCGGAGGGAUUUGUCCGUUGAAUCUUUUGGUAUCUGUGCAGUAGUCAUAGAUCAUGUAGUUGUUCCUGACCCAAUUCAGUUGCCCCAUCUGGGAGUGACUCAGCUGCUUGUAUCUCCGGGAAGUCCACCAAUUUGCUGGGAGAUUGGAGGCACAUUGAUUGAUGCUCUUUGCUCCGCCCCACUUGCAAGCCCUUGCUCUGAAAUGGUGGAAUCUGGCCGUGAAUGGUGCGCUGUGCCAGUCCGUCUUAACAAGGCCGCCUCUGGUUGCCCAGUCGUCUGCAUUCCAUAGGGUUGUGUAAACCCUCAUUCCUUGCUUGGUUGGGUAAGCAAUUCCCUCUUUUUCGUAGUUUCGAAAAACCCGAAUUGGCACACUAUCAACAUACCACCUGACGUACUCGUCAUAGACUCAUACUUAGUUAAUGGAUCAUACACACUUAGAGAAAAAAAUGAAUAGCUUUGUGUUCUGGUAAAAUUUAUCUACUCACACAAUUGCUGUGGGAUUCCAGUGAAUGGUGUAAUUGUGAAAAUCAGCAGUUGGGUCAAACCAGAGGUAAAAUUGUUGCUCUCUGCUUCCUUUUCCUUGUGUGUAUAUGUUAGUGUGGACAGUGUAUGGCUGUCCUGUACUGUUGCCUAAGAACUCAAAAUCUAUCUCGUCAUGUUGGCUUCCUGCAGAGGAUAACUGUAUGGAUUCUGAGUGAGAAACAUGGACACUUCAUUUAGUAAUGGGAGUUUGAUAGAUUUGGUUGUUCAAAAGUGCGUGUUUUGGUGUCUUUGAGAUCUCUUAGAUCCGGUGAACUUACAUAGUAGGCUGUAACUGUUCCGGCAGAAUUACCAGGUACCAGCUUGAUUAGCAUUUCAAUGCUUCCAAAUAAGAAUGAUCUCUUUGAUUGAGCAGCUGAUCCUGAAAUCCAUAGGCAACACCACAUUGUUCCACUCUAGCUAGUAAUAGAUGAAUGCAUUUUUUAUUAUUUAUUUAACGUCAGUUUGCAUAAUGUUUAGUUUGAUUACAAAUCUUGUGUAAAGUGGUAUAUGAACAUAUUAUUGUGAUGCUCAUGUUAUAAUUCAGUUGCAACUUAUUUAAAAUGCAAUAAACUAUGAAACUUUUUUCUACUA